AUGUAAGGGAUUGAUAAAAGAAUUCAAAGCGAAAUUUCAAGAAUAGAAACUUAUAAAAAGAUUAACAGAUUCCCUGCUAAUUGGUCAUACCUUGGUCCUCUUAUAGAAAACGGGUUACCUAAUUAUAACACGUUUAUAUUCAGCUGGAAAGGCAAAGAUGGAAAUUUGGCAGGCGGCGUUUAUACAGCUAGAAUAGUUUUAUAGGGUGAUUUAAGAGUAAAUGCCCCAAAGGUAUAUAUGGAUGAUAAAUUCACUCAUAUGCAUGUUUAUGGACAUGGCUUAGUUUGUUUCCCAUUUAUUGAUUAAUAUAAAUGGAAACCUUCAAUUAGUAUUUUUGAUAUAGCAACAGAAUUAGAAAAAAUGCUUGAUUUACCUCCUGAUAUUUCUUCACCUGCUAACGAAAAAAUGAAAUAGCUAUAUGAGAAAAACCCAUAAGAAUACUAUGAUUAUUUAAAAGAUUAAGCUACAAGAUUUGCGAAUAACAUUCCAUAUCAACCUUGA